CCUUUCUCAUACCCCUCGAGCCCUCACUCUUGAUCAGUGUGGGCGCGAUGGGGCUCAUAGGUGUGGCCUAUGCCAUCGCAUUUAUACCCACAUUUGAAUCUAUAUUAGACAUCGCAUUAGAUAAAGGAUUUGCAGACAAUAUCUCAACCUAUAGUCUAGUCUCAGGCCUAUGGAGUGCUAUGUAUUCAUUGGGUGAAGUGACGGGUCCGUCGCUCGGGGGAUGGCUAUCGGAAAACUUUGACUUUUCAAUCGCCUCCACAAUUAUGGCUGCGUUUGCGUUAAUGGGUGUAAGUAUCCUGAUACAAACCAAUGAACCCAUUAGUAAAUGCCUUAUAAUUCAGGCCAUAAUCGCCGGAAUCACGUUCUUCUUCGUGCAAUACGAGGAGUCCGACUCAUCCUCGUCUUCAUCCUCUUCCUCGUCGUCCAGUGAAACCGAUUGCGAGAAGUCUAUGGCGAGCAGUAAAAGUGGUCGCACUUCGCGCAAAGACUCCAACCCUCCGCAGCCCUGGGAUGAGGAGGAGCUGGAGAAGGAGUCACUGCUCAGCAAUUCCAUCACAGAAACACCAAAUCAUUAUUAUCUCAAUAACAACGGUCUCAUCAAAGGCAAGGAAAAGGAGUUAUUGUUUUCUGUCGCCAGUAUUUAA